GCAGGUUCUUCCUCCUGAUCCACGUCUGCUCCUCCGAAGCUUCAGAACCCAGAGGAGCCGCCAGCAGAACCCUCAUCACCUCACAGAUGAGCUCCUUUUACGACGAGAAGGACCUGGAGGAAGAGCUCAGUCGGGUCCACUACCCGGAGGACGACCUGGAGUUCGAGUACCUGUUUGAAUAUGAGCCGCCGAGCAGCGACUUCGCGGGAGGAGACGCAGAUGACCCCAACCUUGCGUCCCACAAAGUCCUCAGCCCGGACUCGGAGCAGGCCUUCCCCCUGGAGGAGGUCUCCCCGUACGGCCUCAAGUCCUGCAGCCCCCCCUACUCGGGGCACCACACCGAGGGUCUCUCGGGAUACGACAACCAGGAGGCCAGGAACUACCUGGACAGCACGCGGCCCGCCGGCCUGGCGCUGAGCCCGCGGAUCGAGAUCACGCCGUCCCGCGAGCACUACAGCCACGGCCGGGACUCGCUGCAGAACCAGCACCUGAACCUCAGCCCCCGGCCCACCCUCACCGUGCCGGGCCACGAGAACCUGGCCUACCGCGAGCCGCAGUGCCUGAGUCCGGCCAGCAGCAACUCCUCCGCCAGCUGGCACUCGGAGAACUACUCGCCCUGGACGUCCCCCUGCGUGUCCCCCGGCAGCGGACAGAACCCCGGUGACCUUUGCCCCCGGCUGCAGAACAUCCACACUGGCUCGCCACGCACCUCGCCGGGCACCUCCCCCCGCAGCAGCCUAGCCGAGGACGGCCUGGGCACGCGCUCGCCCUCCUCCCGCCCCGGCUCCCGCUCCACCUCCCCCCAGGGCAAGCGCACCUACGACAUGUACAGGAACCCGGGCCUGGUCCCGGGUCAUCGCUCCCGUAGCCCCUCCCCCCUCAGCCGCCACGAGGAUCACAACAUCAGCGCCCACUACACACACAGCAGCCUGGCCGACGCCAUGAACGGCUUCGGCGCCGGUCAGCCCGGCCUGAUGCCCACGAAGAUCGUCAAGACGUCCAACCAGGUGUACGCCCUCUACCCAGAGAACCACCUCGAAGGGAACUUCCUGGUUUCCUGCGACCAGGACGUGAAGAAACCCGCGGCCGAGCCGUUCUACGUCAUCCCGCCCAUCUGGUCCAAGCCGCUGGUUUCCAGCAUCUGCAGCCUCCCCGUGGCGUCCCUCCCUCCUCUGGAAUGGCCGAUGCCGCGGCGCACCGAUCAGUACGAGCUGCACAUCGACGUGCAGCCCAAGCCGCACCACCGGGCGCACUACGAGACGGAGGGCAGCCGGGGGGCCGUGAAGGCUCCGACAGGGGGACACCCGGUGGUGCAGCUUCACGGCUACAGAGGGAAGGAGCCGCUCGCUCUGCAGAUCUUCAUCGGCACGGCGGACGACCGCAUCCUGAAGCCUCACGCCUUCUACCAAGUCCACCGCAUCACCGGCAAGACCGUGACCACCACCAGCUUCGAGAAGGUCAUCAACGGCACCAAAGUCCUGGAGAUCCCCCUGGAGCCCAAGAACAACAUGAAAGCAAUAAUCGACUGCGCCGGGAUCCUGAAGCUCCGGAACGCCGACAUCGAGCUGAGGAAGGGCGAGACGGACGUGGGCCGGAAGAACACCCGCGUGCGUCUGGUGUUCCGUGUGCACAUCGCUCAGCCCGGAGGACAGCACGUGUCCCUGCAGGUGGCCUCACAUCCCAUCGAGUGCUCUCAGCGCUCGGCACACGAGCUUCCCAUGGUGGAGAAGCAGGACAUGGACAGCUGCUCCGUGCUCGGCGGCCAGCAGAUGAUCCUGACCGGGCAGAACUUCAGCUCCGAUUCCAAGGUCAUCUUCACGGAGAAGACUCAGGACGGGCAGCAAAUUUGGGAAAUGGAAGCAACGGUGGACAAAGAUAAAAGCCAGCCGAGCAUGCUGUUCCUGGAGCUGCCGUCCUACCGGGACACGUCCACCUGCCACGCGGUCAAAGUCAACUUCUACGUCAUCAACGGCAAGAGGAAGCGCAGCCAGCCGCAGCACUUCACCUUCACGCCUCUGGCCUCUCCGUCCAUCAAGUCCGAGCCUCUGGACGAGUACGAGGUCGACCACAUGGGCUUCGCCGUGCCUCAGAUCCUGGGCCUGUCCCCUCACCCGUACUACCACAGCGCCCGCGGCGUCCUGCACCCGGACAACGGGCUGGCGUCCGGCCUGGCGUCCUGCCAGCGCCUCAGCUCCAGCCUCCCGGGCCAGGACGCUCGCUUCCUGCAGCAGAGCCCGGCCAUCGUCUACUCCCGGGGGGGGGGCAAGAGUCUCAGCGGCAGCAGCCAGACUCUCUACCAGCAGCAGCCCGGCGGGUUGAUGCCCGACCCGCACCGCUCCGUCCUGGUGCACACCGGCUCCCCGGCUCAGGCUGCAGGUCCCGUCGGCGCGGGCCACGCCUCCAUCAUCCAGUUCUCCCCCACCAACCACCACCUGCUGCGGGGGGGCGACCCUCAGCCGGACCCCCAGCAGAUCAUCUACUGCGACGGCUACUCCCCCCGGUCGGCCGGCGGCCACUCGCCCACCCCCCCCCAGGCCCAGGCCGACGCCUCCCACCCGCAGCACUACCCCACCGUCAUCCAGCAGCAGCAGCAGCAGCCCUACAUGCAGAAGGCGGCGCCGCAGAAGAGUCGCCCCCCCCCUGGCGCCGGGGAGGAGAUGGCGUCCCCGGGCGACGGGCAGAGACGGGUGACGGUGAAGGAGGAGAACCUGGACCAGGCCUACCUAGAUGAUGUGAACGAGAUCAUAAGGAAGGAUCUGACGGGCGUUCAGGCCAGAGGACAGACAUAGAGACACAGAGACACACAGAGUCCAGAGUCCAGAGUCCAGCAGCAGGAGAGGACGACAACACACAC